GAGGAAGAGACGUCUCUAGCCAUGUGAGUCUAGCGUGCAUUGAUCACCACGGCGGCGUGGCGGACACUUUUGGUUGUCUCUGAAACGAUGGCAAAACACGAGAGAUAGAGGGGAAAAAAAGGCCCUCUAUCUCCGUGAAGACGAGGAGUGAUCUGCCAAGAUUGAACAAGGAGGCUGUAUCCGUGACUUACCCACUGCGUAUAGCGUCCAUCUGAUCUUCGCACCGCAAAGUCAAAUACCGCAUCACCCGAUCGCACCUCCUCGUCCAUAACCGAGGACGACUACCUCGAAUCACGUUCUUACCGCUCAAGGACAGCCUUUCCUGCAGGCCUCAACAUGUCGACUGGGGAAGACACGCCUCGUGUAGGGCCUUCAGGCUCUCAGCGAGGAGUUCCUCAAACAGCCGUGGGCAGUGGAUUCGGUUCACCGCCUCAACAACGAGGUGGAUCACUCAGGCCGAGGAAUUCGAGAUUCAACACGACUGCAGGAUCACGGUCCGCUUCUCGCGCACGCCCUCCAUUGCCCACGAACAAUUCAUCUGGAGGUAUUGCAAAGCUCGCCGCUGCAGACGAUGAGGAUGAAGAAGAAGAUCGAGGUGCGGCUCUCAUCCGACAACGUCAGAAAGAGCGUAAACAACUCCGCAAGGCGAAAGAAAAGGGACGCAAGUUGGCCGAGGGGGAUGUGACAGAUUCGUCGGCACCCCCGACAAGCUGGAAUGGAGAGGGAUUCGGCGCGCAACAAGGUCGUCGCUCCGCAUCUCGCGCUCGGACUCCCAGUGCGGGUGUUGAGCUUCGUAGGGAAGGUUACUUCGGGACCAUGUCGCAAACCGAUGGUCGAUCGAGUCCAUACGAUGAGCUCAGACCUCCCUCAAUCUACUCGAGCACUGCAGAUGAGGACGAUGAGACGGCACAGGACAAUGCCAGUGUCGUCAAUGAAGUCGUUCAAGAAAUUGUCGAACAGGCUGCAGAAGAAGAAGGCUCCGACCAGGAUGGCGAUGGUAGCGGGGAGGGCGAUGAGGGCGUCACGCUCAAGGACAGGCAAGACGCUCUCAAUAUUGAACACCCCUUUGGUCUACCCAUCUGGAAACCUGCGCUGUAUCGCAAAUCGCGUACUGUCACGCGCAAUGCCGAAUCCGCUCUACACUCCAUUCCCUCUGCAGCAGCUGAACGGCAUCUUCUACCGGGUAACCUUCUAUGGACCGUCAUGUUUGGGUGGUGGAUGGCUAUCGCCUGUUUCUUCGUUGCUGUUUUGGUUUCUGGCGCCGAGGUCCUCGGAGGGGGACGGGGAGGAUACGGCAAGACGCUCCGUGGACUGGCGUGGUAUAUUGGUUGGCCGUUCGGCAAGUAUGUCGAGGGCGAAGGAGGUCCAGACGAUUCCAGCAGCGAGAGUAGCGGUUAUGGCACGGCCAAGCCAUCCUCACAGCGACAUCCAUCGUCCGGUUCUGCCGUGACCAUUCGAGACAACCGUCCCCAAGAUGAAGAAGCGCCUGACACCGCAGCGACUGUCAAGCCAGCCUCAACCUCUGUCUCAUUUGCUCCAGUCAAACCUACAAACCGUGACGCACUCCGAGACCUCGACCAAGAAGCCAUGGACGAAAGGGCACCGCUACUCUUGCGAGAUCCAACGUAUCCCGCUUUUCGACGACCACGCAACAGCAGAGCCAAGUUUCUCGGUCGAUUGAUCUAUUGGCCUGGAUUCUUUCUCAUCGUGGCUCCUGUCAUGCUGACUGUCUGCCUCAUUUGCUGGGGCUUGGUCAUCACCAUUCCCAUGGCCAAGCUCAAUUGGGCCCUGCUAAAGCUGCUCUACUCUCGCCCAUUGGAAAUCAACUUCAACUCGGCGCCCAAGAUUCCAGUGUCAGAUCCCGAGGACUCAUCUGAUCCAGGCAACGAGUCCGGCAGCACGACCAUGGCUGGAAGUGGAUCUGGCUCCUCUCCCGACGGCCGAGCAUACAAAUUCAAGGCAGCCCGUUUAACCGCCGGUCAGAGUGCACCGACGCCGGGAUACCAAUCCACGGUGCUACUGUGUACGUACCGUGCAGUCGGUCUCCAGUACUACAAGUAUACCGUCGGCGGUGUGAACAUCAUGUUCAUCAACCUCUUGCCUUUGGUAUUCUUUACGAUCUUUGACGCCUUUGUCCUCUUGCCGGCCGCUCAGCGUUCGGAACACCGCGGCCACACGCCUGAUCCAUUCUUCGCAUUCAUCACUUCUCAAGCGCUCAUCUUUGUGCUUUCUCUCGCCUCCGUCAUUCCCCUCUCGUACUUUAUCGGUAUGGCUGUGGCUUCUAUCUCGGCACAGUCGUCCAUCGGGAUGGGUGCAGUCAUCAACGCCACCUUUGGAUCAAUCAUCGAAAUUAUACUCUAUGGUAUUGCUUUGACUCAAGGCAAGGGGCGAUUGGUUGAAGGAUCCAUCAUUGGCAGUAUCCUUGCUGGUGUGUUGUUGAUGCCCGGAGCGAGUAUGUGUUCGGGUGCUCUGAAGAAGAAGGAGCAGAAAUUCAACGCAAAGAGCGCAGGGGUGACAAGUACAAUGUUGAUCAUGGCCAUCAUUGGGACGUUGACGCCUACAAUGUUUUAUCAGACCUAUGGAUCAUUCGAGCUCCACUGCAGUGGAUGCCCGGCAAAACAUGGUCAAAUCCACGCUGAAGAAGCUUGGAAAUGUACUAGCUGCGUAUACGAGCAUCCCGAUCCUGCCAGCGAUCCAUUCUACCAGGAUCAAGUCAAGACGUUGAUGUACAUGUGUGCGGGUAUACUCCUCUUCUCAUACCUCAUCGGACUGUGGUUCUCCCUUCGUACCCACGCAGCGCAAAUCUAUCAGAACCCUCAACAGCUCAUGAAGGCCGAGGAGAGUGCCGCUCUCCACCCUGCCAUCCGCUCAACACUGAACCAACGCGUGUCUCCACAAGCACUGAUGCAGCACAUUCUUCCGCUCCAUAAGGGCGCAAACAGCCUCAAUGCGAGUCAGCUCAAUAGUCCCAUCCUCUCCACAUCGCAGCAGCCAACAUUGCGACUCGGCAAGUCGAAUCACCCUGCCAUUGGUGGCACACCACAAUCUCAACGUGUCAAGAGCGCGCCACUGUCAGCGGAAAGGAUGCCAAUGCACGACGAUUCUCAGCCUCAAUCCCGUCUCGCUAGCGGGGCAUACAAUCUGCCUCAAGGAUACUCACCAUUCCUGGACACUGUAGACAGAGAUAUGAAGCAGCAUCAUUUGGCACCGAUGAGCUUGCCUUCUACGCUCACGACUGAAGACUUCACUCGAGCUGUCGCGGUCGCUACCGUCUCUGCUCUUCGUCAUCAGGGAAGCAUCAUCAAUGGCCAUUCAAGACGGGAGAGAUCCACUCAGGGCCCCGCUCAUAAUGAGGAGGAAGAACAUGGAGGGCAUGAGGCGCCAAGUUGGACGAGAGGAGUCAGUGCGGGCGUUCUAUUGGGAUGCACGCUGCUGUAUGCGAUCAUUGCUGAAAUCCUUGUCGACGUGGUGGAUGUCGUCCUUCAUGGAUCUGGAAUCGAUGAAAAGUUCCUGGGACUCACAUUGUUCGCCCUCGUCCCCAACACGACCGAGUUCAUGAACGCCAUGUCUUUCGCUAUAAAUGGCAACAUUGCCUUGAGUAUGGAAAUUGGAUCCGCCUACGCUCUUCAAGUCUGUCUGCUUCAGAUUCCCGCCAUGGUAGCUUUCAGCGCAUUUUAUGAUCCAGCCAAGUUGGGAGAUGUUGUGGAUACAUUUACACUCAUCUUUCCUCGUUGGGAUGUCAUCGCCAUCAUCUUAUCCAUCUUCUUGUUGACUUACACUUACAUUGAAGCGAGGAGUAACUAUCAUCGAGGGUCCAUCUUAGUCCUAGCCUACGUUGUUCUCAUCAUGGGCUUUUACUAUGCCCCGCUUCGGUCUCAAGGCGACGUGGAUGUGGAUCCUGACGUAGUCUUUGGUCAUGAGGCCCAGGUAACGACCAACUUGAGCACUCGUUUCUCUGCCUUGUGGAUCUGAGGAUUGCGUUUUUGUACCGACUAUCACGUUCGCAUCAUGUUUGUUCCCACCAGCCCUAAACCCUUCCCUGUAUCCUUUGUCGAUCGUGAUGAGAUAUGCAUCCUACUGGAC